AUGGUAGUGGUAGGUCGGUGUUGCAAUGGAUUCAACAAAGAUGAAGCUAAUGGUAAGUAUGAUGGCUUAUUGGUGGUUUUGCUAGAGGUUGAAGAUAAAGCUGGUGGUGGGCUUUGUUGUAGUGGGUUUGAUGACAAGAUAAGACUCGGUGGUAGGCUAUGGACAAGGACAAUGAAGGUAGCGGUAAGUGUGGUGGAUGAUGUUGUUUUGUUGAAGAAGAUGGUAGUUUGUUUUGGGGUUGUGGAGAGUGGUAGUGAAGGUGGUGGCUAG